AUGGACGAGGACGGCUACAUCUGGUUCGCGGGCCGCGCCGAUGAAAUCAUCAAUAUUGCAGCCCACCGCCUCGGCACAAUCGAGGUCGAGUCCGCGUUCCUCACACAUCCCGCAGUCGCAGAAGCGGGCGUAACAGGACGCCCUGACGAACUGCGCGGCGAGGUCAUAUCAGCCUUCGUAGUGCUGAGGAACGACUACUCUCCCUCCGAUGAACUCAAGGAGAACUGCUUCAGGCGGUGCGCCGCGAGCUUGGCCCCAUCGCCGUCAUCAGCGAGAUAA